AUGGCAACAGCCUAUAUUUGUCCAAUGUGUGUUUUCAAUUGUGACAAUUUACCAGAUUUAGAACAACAUCUUGAAGCUCAUGAAAAUAAUUCAAUUCAAUCACCUAUUAAACAACAACAAUCAAAUAAAUCCGUACGAAAUAGUCCACUUUAUGCUAAAUCUCAAACUCAGCAACAAAAACAAAAUCGUUCACCUAUUAAUAAUUCUUCUAUACCAUUAAAUACUUCACCCAUUCGUUCAUCUCCAAAUAAAACUUAUGAUAGACGAUAUUCAUGUAAAUCAUGUCCAUUUUCAACUCAUAGUGUUAAAGCUUAUUUUAAUCAUCGACAAAUGGCACAUGGUGAACAACUUAUCAUUACUGAAUGUCCAUAUUGUGAUUAUGCUAGUCAAUAUCCUGGUAAAGUAAAAAAACAUUUAACCGAUGAACAUCCAUUACAACAGAUGUCGACUGAUCAAUCACCAGAUCAAUCUAAUCGAACAAUAUCACAUGAAAAUUCUAUUAAUAAUACAAUUGAACAAAAUGGAAAAAUUAAUGUUGAAAAAAUGAUAACACGUUUUACUGAUUGUCCAUUUUGUUCAUUUACAUCAAUUGAUUCGGAAGCAUUUCGUAAACAUGUACUUACAAAUCAUUUAAGUGAUAAAAAUUUUCGUUGUCUUGUUUGUAAUCGACUUUAUCGAUAUCGUGGCGAUUGUUCAUUUCAUAUUCGUAAAAAACAUUCUGAUCGUAUGAUUGGUGAUAAUAUUGAAUCAUUACGUGAAUAUAUUGGAGAAUUUCAACCAAAUUCAAUGACCGCAAUUGAAUUAAAAGAACUUUUAUCAUGUCCAUUAACACCAUCACUUGCAUCAAUACCAUCAAAUGGAAUACCUAUUAAUUCUCGACAAUCAUCAACUACAUUAAUUCAACAUCAACAACCAAAUCCUCCACAUUCAUUUCGUUGUGGUUAUUGUAAAUUUUCAUCUGUUAAUUCAGGUGAUGUUAAAAAACAUCAAACAUGGAAACAUGCAAAUUUAACAUCGAAUAUUUUACCAAUUGAUCCAAAUGAUCCUCAACAACAACCAAUAGUUGGUUAUAAACGAAAAAGAAUUCAUAGUACAAAAACAAGUAAUAAUGAAGAUGAUGGUCCUAGUAUACGACGACCAAGAAUAUCAAUGCCAUUACAACGAGAUUUAACUAUUAAUACAUCUCCAUCAACAAUUAUUUCAACAACAAAUAUUGAUAAUGAUUCAGCACCUCGAGAUCUUCUUUCACCAAAUGAACCUCAAUCAUCAUCAUCAUUCGAUGGUGAACAAUCAAUAAUAAAAACUAAUAAUAGUCAUUUAUCUACUCAACAUCAAUUAUCUGCUAUUGGAUCAUUAUCAUCUCGUGUUUAUAAAUGUAUACGUUGUGAACGUUUAGCACCACAUCGAUGGAUUAUUGAACGUCAUAUACGUGCUAAACAUCCAUCUGAUUUAGAUAAUAUGUCAAAUGUUAUACUUGAAAUUGAUAAACCAUUAACAACAUCAAUAAAUGGUGAACCAAUGACAGCAACAAAAUCUUCAUCAGCAACAUUACUCACAUCAACAUCAUCAUCAACUGAUCAAGAUGUUUUAGCUUCAACAAUACCAAAAGCAUUUUCAUGUUCAGCAUGUUCACUUCAAUCAUAUCAUUUAUGGGUUAUUCUUCGACAUAUUCGAAAUGUUCAUCAUAAUGAUGGAUCAAAUGCAAAAAUUAUUGAUAAUAUUAAUAAUCAAAUAAUUGAAGAUAAUGAUGAUCUGGAAUCAGAUACACCUGUUCAUAGUGUAUCUUCAAAUACAAUGGCAACAACAAUAACAUCAAAUUCCAAUGUUAAUAAUAAUGUUCAUGAUAAUAAUGAAAAAACAAGUGAACAAAAUAAUUUGAGUAAUGAAGAAAUGCUUACACGUUUAAUAAAUACAGCUAUGACAACAAGAAAACUAAAUGCAACAAAUACAUUCUUUGAAAAUUUACCAACAUCAUUAAUGAAUAAUAAUGUUGCUGCAUCACUUGCUACUCUUCUAGGACAAUUAACUAAUAAACAAUUAAUUCAACAACAACAACAACAACAGCAACAACAACAAUUUCAAGCUGAAAAAGCACCAUUAGUUAAACGAUAUAAAUGUUCACUUUGUUCACAUAUAUCUGCUUGGGGAGGCAAUGUUAAAAAGCAUUUAAAACGUAUGCAUCCAGGUGAUCAUUCAGGUCAUGUAAUUGAUCUCGGUCUUGAUCUAGCUAAUACUAUUACUCAAUCACCGACAGACGUAUCAUUAACAUCAAGUAACGAUGAAGUAGAUGAAAUGAAUGAACAACAAAUAAUUAGUACAAAUAUAAAUAAAAUACGAUCAGCAAAUGAAAAUGCUCAACAAUCCUAUAAGCAGCCAUCUGAAAUCAUCAACACAAAAUUAAAAGAUAUUGAUAAUUCUCCUUCAUUUGCUCCUUCAGCAUCAACUCGACCAGAACGUCUUUAUGGAUGUUCUGUAUGUUCAUAUGAGUGUACAAAUCCAUCAAAUAUUCAUCGUCAUGUUGAACUUCAUAGUGGUGAUGAUGGUGGCGGUUUUCAAUGUUCACAAUGUUUUUUCUUAUCAAAAUGGCGUGCUAGUAUACGUAAACAUAUGAUAUCAACACAUGGUAGUAGUUUAGCUUCAUUAACAAAUGUUCUCGAACCAUUAAUACUCAUUAAAUCUAAUGAUGCUACUGUUAUUAUUAAAAAAUGGUUAAUUCAUGAAAAUGGUAUUAAACAUGAAGAUGAUCCAAAUAAUAAUAAUACACAUACAAUGGAUACAUCAACAUAUUAUUGUUCAUCAUGUCCAUAUUUAAAUACAAAUCGUCUAUUAUUUGAACAACAUGUUAUACAUCAUAAUUCACCUAAAACGAAUGAAAAUAUUUAUACAUGUUCAUUUUGUACGUUUAAUAUAAAUGAAAAAGAUUCUUUUGAUAAACAUCAAACAUUACAUAUUAUGAAAGAAGAUUUUCAACAAGAUGCAACAGCUAAUACUUUAGAAAAUUCGGUUAUUUAA